AUGGAGAAGCAGGCGAAAAACCUAAAAGAUAUUUCGCCUGAUUUAGGAAUAUAUAUCAUCGAAUAUGCUUUCGGCGAUGUCUAUUCAAGAGAUGGGCUUGACUUGAAAUCCAAAGAAAUUGCGGUUGUGUCCGCAUUGACAGCCAUGGGAAAUGCGCAACCACAGUUAAAAGUUCAUAUAAACGGGGCAUUAAAUACUGGGAGUUCGAUUAACGAAGUCAAAGAAGUGAUUUUACAAAUGUCUGUUUAUUCAGGUUUUCCAAGUAGCAUCAAUGCAAUGAAUGCUUUAAAAGAAGUUUUGCUAGAAAGAGAAAAACACGGCAUUAACGAUGAAAUCGGAAAAACAGCAAGCAAAGCCAAGCCAACCAAUCGAUUAAAAUUAGGUGAACAAGAAUUAUCUAACUUGGACAGUCUUCAAGUUGAACGAUUAAAAGCUGCUUAUAAUACUUUUUCACCUGAAUUGGUAAAAUUCACGCUUGAAUAUGGUUAUGCUGAUAUUUUUUCAAGAGAUAGUUUAAGCAAAAAGUACAGACAAAUCGCCACGAUUUCUGCAUUAACUGCGUUGGGGACAGCGCAACCACAACUGAAAUUUCAUAUUAAUGCGGGUCUAAACAUAGGACUGACCGAAACUGAAAUAAAAGAAAUCAUGCUUUUGAUGACCAUCUAUUCAGGUUUCCCAUCAGCCAUAAAUGGAACUCACGCACUCAAAGAAGUAUUAGCAGAGCGUAUGAAAAAUCAAAACAAUUAA